AUGGUGGGCGCAGAGGAGGACAUCGCAGUCAUCGGCAUUGGAUGCAAUUUUCCUGGAGGUGAGGCACUGGACAACUUCUGGAAAGUUCUGUUGGAGGGAAAAAACUGUGUGGUAGAUAUUCCAGCAGAGAGAUUUGACACCAGCUUUUGGUAUAGUGCUGAUGGUAGCAAACCUGGGAAGACGCAAACAACCAAGGCAGCUCUCAUAGAGGGGUUUAAUGAGUUUGAUCACAAGUUUUUUGGCAUCACUGAAGCAGAGGCCAAUUUCAUGGACCCUCAGCAAAAACUCCUUCUUCAGUGUACAUACAGAGCAUUAGAGGAUGCAGGAAUGUCAAUUGAAAGCAUCAGUGGAAGCAGAACUGGAGUUUACAUAGGCCUGAUGAACAGGGAUUACGAGAUGCUCCAAAGUAAUAGUCCUACUACAAUAACCCACUACAACGGCACUGGAACAGCCACAAGUGUGGCAGCCAAUAGAAUUUCCUUCACCUUUAAUCUCACAGGCCCUUCUCUUGCCAUUGACAGUGCCUGUUCCUCAUCUUUAGUGGCUCUACAUUUAGCCUGUCAGGCUAUAAAGCAAGGAGACUGUGAGCUGGCCCUGUGUGGAGGUGUCAGCUGUAUAAUUGAGCCAAGAGUGUUUGUUGCUCUCAGCAAGGCAAAUAUGAUCUCACCUGAGGGAAGCAGCAAACCCUUCUCCAGCAGAGCAGAUGGCUAUGGUAGAGGGGAGGGCUGUGGGGUUGUUCUCCUCAAACCUCUGAAAAAGGCUACAAAUGACUGGAACAAAAUAUGGGGUGUCAUCAGCAAAACAGCUGUCAACCAAAAUGGUCACUCUGUCACACCAAUCACCAAACCCUCCAUGGUUCAACAAGAGGAGCUGCUGCGAAGAAUCUACUCAGAGGGUGACCUCGCAAAUGUCCAGUACAUAGAAGCACAUGGGACUGGGACCCCAGCUGGAGACCCAAUAGAGGCAGCAAGCAUCUCAAAUGUCAUUGCUAAAGCCAGACCUCCUGGUUCAGAGAUACUACAGAUUGGCUCAGUGAAGGGCAACAUUGGACACACAGAAUCUGCAGCUGGGGUGGCCGGACUCAUUAAGGUACUUUUAAUGAUGAAGCAUGAGACUAUAGUUCCCUCAGUUUACUACUCUGAAGACAGUGCCAGUGUAGAUGCAAAAACUCUGAGUAUAAGUAUUCCAAUUAAAGCUGAAUUUUGGGAGACACACAGCCCAUUAGAAAGGGUAGCUGGGAUCAACAGCUUUGGAUUUGGAGGAACAAAUGCACAUGUAAUUGUAAGAGAGCACAAACAGACCACCAUUAACAAGGAGAUCCCAAAAGACUGCACAAAACUCUUUGUAAUUUCUGCAGCCUCUGAGAAAUCACUUAUCCUGUCCAUUACGGACACCCACCAGAGACUAUGCAACAAUCAAACUGUUGACUUACAGGCACUGUCAUACACCUCAGCAUGUAGAAGGAGUCAUUCCAGACACAAAUAUAGGAAAGCCUUCUUAACAUCUUCCCUCUCAGAUUUAGAACAUCAGCUGACAUCUGCACUGAAGACAAAGGUUGAGUCAUUAAGAUCUGAUACCCAGGUCAUCUUUGUAUUUUGUGGAAAUGGGGUUGCCUACAGGGAUAUGUGCAAGCAACUACUGACAGAGGUUCCUGUUUUCAGAGCCAAGGUCAGAGAAGUUGAGCAUCUCUUCCAGAGACAUCAAAACAUCAGUAUCAGUAAAUGGCUUGCUAGUGACUAUGAUGAUGAUUUUAGUAAGCCAGAUGUUGUCCAGCCUCUUCUUUUUGCUAUCCAGGUUGGUAUUGCUGAACUCCUAAAGUGCUGGGGUAUCAAACCUGAUGCAGUGCUUGGCCACUCUGUAGGUGAGGUUGCUGCAGCUCACUGUUCUGGCCUCUUGUCUCUUGAAGAUGCUGUAAAAGUGUUGCAUCACCGCAGUGCUCUUCAGAGCAAGGUGACAGAAGGGAAAAUGCUUGUGGUCGGUAAUGUGGCUGUAGAAAAGGUAUUAGAACUUCUUCAAGUCUUCCCAGGCAAAAUUAGUGUUGCAGCUUUCAACAGUCCUCAGUCCUGCACACUGUCAGGAGAUGAAGAUGCUAUAGACUUCCUCCAUGAAAGGCUAAAGAUUCUGUUUAGAGAUAAAAAUCUCUUCCUCCAUGUCUUGGAUGUUCCAGCAGCAUACCAUAGCCAUAUAAUGGAUCCUUUACUAAAUGACAUUGAGAGAAGCAUAGAUUUUCUGGAAGUCAACAGCAUGGAAUGCAAACUUUUCUCAACAGUGACUGGAGACAGUUAUUCAGACGGUGACUUCUGCACCGGCAGGUACUGGGCAAAUAACAUUCGUGAACCUGUUUUAUUUGAGCAAACGCUGCGUGCUGUCACCAAAGGCGAUCAGUCAAAGAGAAAUCUGGUCUUUGUGGAGAUUGGACCUUGCAGGGUUCUACAAAGAAACAUACACGAAAUUCUGGGAAACAACGCCAUAGUCCUUUCCUCUGUCCAGCCAGAGAACGAUUAUGACUCAAUCUUGUCAACUGUGGCAAAAUUAUUUGAAUUGGGCAUAAAUGUAGACUGGCAUCAGUUCUACAGGGGUUGCAAGACAUUGCCCACAGCUUUCCCAGUCUAUCAGUUUGACCACUCAAAAACAGGACUGAAUUUUGGACAUGGAAAAGGUAACGAGUUACCUGCUUUUUCUCCCCAUACACUCAUAUCUCAAAGAAAUCAGGAUAACAAAGAGUAUAUGUGCAACAUCUCAUUAGAGAUGACACCAUAUCUUUGGGAGCAUAAAAACAAUGGUGUUUCCAUUGUACCAGGUGCAUUUUAUGUUGAACUAGCUUAUGCCUCAGUGAUGGCAAGUUUAAGGCCAAAGAAACCUGUGUCUCUGCUCCAGCUCAGUGUUGGAUUUGAGAGUCUGUUUACACUCUGCUCAGACCAUCAUCAUCUGAAAGUGACACUUGAGCAUGGAGAGAAUGAGGGUUCCUUUAAAAUACAGUCUCCUGUCGCAACACACGCCUCCGGCACAUACAGGUGUAAAGAUGGUCAAUCGCUUUUAGAGGAACCAAGCAUUUGUCUCAACAGGAUCUCCCAAAGGUGCAACUUGACUAUGAAGGGGAAAGAGAUCUAUUCAGCUCUUUCACAAGCAGGAUUUGAAUACGGCUCUCUCUUUAAACAGCUCAGUGAUGUGUAUUUUGGAGGUGAAUUCAAGGAAGCUAUGACAAAAAUUCAAGUCCAUGGAGAACUUCUAAAACACCUUCAUGAUUAUUUCAUCCACCCUGUGUUAUUAGACUAUUUUCUGCAAAUGACUGCAGUGGUAGCUACUGGACAACUAACAGCCAAGCUGGGAUUCCCAUCAGCUAUUGGUAGUGUGGCCAUUUCAGGACCACUACAAGAGGAAAUGGUCUUGUACUUGCGAACAACCCAGGAGACUCUAGACUUCCUUGAAGUAUGUGGUUGCUUUUCCACCACAGAGGGGAAAGUACUCGUGGAACUUAAGGCAGUGAGGAUCUCAAUUUUGGGCAAUUGUCCAAAUGUUCUUCAGUCAUUGUUCUUCCACAAUGAAAUAAUCAUGAUUCAUGAUGAGAGAGACUUGCAGAAUUGCAAAAUCAAAGCAAUGGUUUUUGAAGAUAAAAUUGGCAUCGCUAAAGGAUUUAGACCAUAUUUACACCCAGAGUCAGUCACUGUGAAGAGCAGAGACCACUGGAUGUCAGGGCAACUUCAUGAUUUGGUCUAUCACUUAGCUAGCACCAAUGUGGAUUUGGAAGAUAUCCUCUUCUUCUGGGCUGUAGAGGACCUCAGUCACUUGUCAUCUGAGAAGAUGCUGGACUGCUUGGUUUCUUGCUGUGAACUAUUUCGGCAGAUUGUUUUAGCCUUGAAAGAGAGCAAACGUUCUUGCACUGUCCGUGUCAUAACCUAUAGAUCAACAGAAAUGACUGUGGACCAUGUCAGUGCUGGUUUUGUGCUAUCUGGUAUGAUGAGGGCGUGUGCAGCAGAGAUGGUGGGUCUCUGUUUUCAGCUGAUUGACCUUGCUUCUGUGACCAGUGAAGACAUUCAAAUGCUGCUUCAUGUAAUAAGUACCUGCAAACAACAAGAGAUUAUGAUCAGCAAAGGGCAGGCAUCAGCAGCAAUAAUGACACGGACACUAGUGAGUGACGAGGCUGUAUGUGACCCUGAUAUGAUGCCAUUGUGUCUGAGCAACUUUGUUCUACAGACAAGUGAGCCAUACAAAAUGGCUCACUUGUCUGCCAUCCCCUAUGACACAAAUAGAAAUCCUGUCCAAGAGAAGUCAGUUGAGGUUCAGCUAAUCCGUGUAUGUGUGCAUUCAUCUGAUUAUUUUCCUGUCACCACUUCACAUCUGAAGUGUGGCAAGACAAUGUACUGGAACAAGCACAUAUCUCAGAAUCACCCACUUCUGGCUUUAGAUUUUAGUGGCAUUGUCACAGCUGUUGGGAAAGACGUUCAUGAUCUAAGAGAGGGAGAUCAUAUUGCCUCGUGUUAUCCAGUUGCUGCUGCAGCAAAGGUUGUAAUUCCUGAAGCUGUGUGCUACAGCACAAAGAGACUUCCAUUUCUUGAACAGACUCCAUGUAUGUCGUAUUUUAUAGUGGCAUGGGUGAUUCUUCAGAAAAUACUACCUAUAGUAAAACAACAACACAGAAAGUUGGUUAUUGUCUCCUCAAACCCAGCCUCUGCUCUGGUGAAAGUUUUGGCUCUGACAGCAAACAGAUCAGGUUGGAAUGUUUCCUCUCUGCAGCAUUUCAGAGGAGAACCUUUAAAUUUUGAACAGGGCCAUGCAUUUGUUUUUCUACCCCCAUUCGAUCACACUUGGCAACUAAUUUAUGACAGUGGUGAGCUUGACAAGCACAUUAUUUUUGUGUGUAGCUCUCACAUGUCAUCCUCACUCUCAUCAGACAUGUUUGCACUGAAGAGUGAACACAUGCAUGUCCAUACACUUGAUGUGGCUAAUGUUCUCCAGAGAGCCAGUCUGCAAGCACAAAACAGGAACAUCUUCAACUGGCUACUGUCAUUAGGCUUCAAGUCAGUAUCUCUACCUUUGAAAAAGGAGACAUUUCAAAUAUCAACAACCGGAGACCCUCAGGCUAAUGCAGAAGCCGAGUCCUACUUCACAACAAAGACAGUGCAGCAAGUCGUGUUAGAUCACAGACAACUAGAUUAUCCAGUGUCUGAUAUUCAUUUGCUUACAAGUCCGAGACAGCUCUUCAAACAAAGCUGUGUUUAUAUUGUAACAGGAGGCCUUUCUGGCUUGGGAAUUGAGACAGUGAAGUUUGUCAUCUAUAAUGGUGGAGGGUGUAUUGUAACGCUGUCCAGAAGAACUGUGACAGAUGAAAUGCAGUUUGAAAUGGAACUCCUCGAGAAAAGAUAUGGUGUUGCUAUCAUAAAUAUCCAGUGUGAUGUUUCUGUGUCGAUGCAAGUAGUGGAUGCAGUCUCAAAGAUUGAGCAAAGAUUUUCUCCUUGUCCUAUCAAAGGGGUUUUUCACAGUGCUGCAGUGCUGCAUGAUGCACUGAUUGAUACCCUUGAUGAGUCCUGCUUUAUAAAGGUGCUGCAGCCCAAAGUCAGCGGUGUUCUAAAUCUUCACUAUGCAACUCUUCACAUCAAACUCGAUUUCUUUGUGUGCUACUCUUCCAUUUCUUCUUUCAUUGGCAAUGCUGCACAAUGUAACUAUGCAGCAGCUAAUUCUUUCCUUGAUACAUUCUGUCUUUACAGAAGAAAUCUUGGGCUUGCUGGACAGUCCAUCAACUGGGGUCCUUUGAACCUUGGUUUCUUGUUGAACAAAGACCAUUUUCAAAAGUUCCUGGAAGCAAAAGGAAUGAUGAUAAUGGAUGUGUGUGAGGUUCACCAGGCUCUCAAAAAGUGUCUUUUGAUGAACAGACCACAACAAGUAAUAUGCAAGUUCAACUUCAAAAAUCUUAACAUCCAUGUUCUUUCACAAAAUGCCUCUCUCAGAGAUCGACUGUCAUCUUUAGUGGAAAUGGAGCUCAGUGAAGAUAUUGAUCUCAGGGUUCAGCAUUUACCUUCCACACAUGAAAGUGUGAGAACAAUUGUCAGUGACCUUUGCACUAUCAGUUUAGAUGAGCUGGAUGAUGACUCUCCUCUUUGGGCACUGGGUAUUGACUCAAUGUUGGCCAUGACUCUACAGAACAAGAUUUUCCAAGAGACAGAUGUAAAUGUACCUUUGGUUAAAAUCCUGGACCCCAACAGUACAACGGCCACUUUGGUAACCAUUGUACAGAACAGUGGAUAA